GCUCAUUACCUCAAAGUUUUUUUUGCCCUCGGAAACAAGCGUAUUAACCGUGAGAUGAAUUGAAGGAUGAUUUAUCAAUGUGGAAUGCUGCAGCCGUCUCCACGCCAUCCAUUCACAAAGAGGGAGCUGGAAGAGGAAGCAACCCCCCGUGUGAUUUCUCUUACACCGGGCUCAGUUCUGAUGGCGAGCCUGUAGAAAGCGCCAACGGAACAGUAAGUGGAAGGAGCCAAGGAAGCGUCCUCCAAGCUCAGUUUAGGGCGUUAUUGCUCUCACAUCCCUGCCUCGUCUGUCAGCGGCGCAGGGGGAACAGUCCCAGAACUGUUGUCUACCUCCGGGUGAUUAUCACAGGGACCGUGGAAUUAUAAACAGUAUCUUUGGGUAGAAGAUGGUGUCCAUUCUGAGAGUACUGAACAACACUUGAAGUGUGAAUGAUCUGAAUUUGCAAUGGCCAUCAAAAUCAAAGUUCACCUCUGAGGCUGUGCUGGACAGGAAAUGAUGACCCUUACUUGGAACUAAAUAGGAUCAGAAAGAUUUGGUGAAGAACACUACAGACUGACACCAGAAUUUAAUAGAAAAUAAGCAGUUCGGUUGAUUGUCUGAACAGACUUGAAUUGUUGCAUCAAACCAUCCAAACUGAGAAAAUGAGAUGCUUAGAAACAUGAAAACUUCAAUCAAUGAGAAACAAAAUAGUUUGAUGUCAAUGCCAAAGCUGCUUCCUUAAUAAAGGCAGAAGGACCACUUUCAAUAAUCUUCCACGGCACUUGAAGAAUUGGCUCUAGUUCUACAGCAGUGAGGUAAGACUGAGCCACAGUUGUGUUGUGGGGCUUGGGGCUUAGCCAUGCUUUUCAGUACCAGUGAAAACAUUCUAUUAUAAGGAAAAAGCAUCAGCCAGGAGAGUGGACAUCUUACAGCUUGAAUACAAAAGUAUCAUGAUGAAGGUGUGCCCAUGGUGGAUAUGGGCCUUUGACAGAAUGGUCGACUGCAUCAGCAAAGUCAUGCUUCACACAGCCAUAUCAUGUUGGCAGCCAUUUCUAGGCUUGGCUCUCAUCAUUGUUCUCACUGGGUCUACAAUGGGAUGUCCAGCCCGAUGUGAAUGUGCUGCACAGAACAAAUCCGUCACCUGCCAUCGCAAACGCUUGACUGUGAUCCCUGAGGGCAUUCCUAUUGAGACAAAAAUAUUAGACCUGAGCAAGAAUAAGCUGAAAAACAUCAAUCCAGAUGAAUUUUCAUCAUAUACCUUACUGGAAGUAAUAGACCUUAGUGAAAAUACAAUAACAAUCUUGGAACCUGGAUCUUUUAGUAAUCUUUUUAACUUGCGUUCUUUACGUCUCAGAAGUAACCGCCUAAAACUCAUCCCCCUUGGAGUUUUUACUGGGCUAUCUAACUUGACAAGGCUGGACAUCAGCGAGAACAAAAUAGUCAUUUUGCUGGACUACACGUUUCAGGAUUUACACAACCUAAAGUCUCUUGAAGUGGGGGACAAUGAUUUGGUUUAUAUUUCACACCGAGCCUUCAGCGGAUUGAUUGCACUUGAGCAGCUAACCCUUGAGAAAUGCAACCUUACAGCAGUGCCAACAGAAGCACUGUCUCACCUUCACAAUCUCAUCCAUCUCCGGCUAUGCCACCUCCAUAUCAAUGCCAUCCAUGCAUAUUCCUUUAAAAAGCUGUAUCGAUUGAAAUACUUGGAGAUUGAUCACUGGCCUCUGCUUGAUGUACUGCCUGCCAACAGUCUACAUGGUCUCAAUCUCACCUACCUGUCCAUCACCUAUACAAACUUAUCUGCAAUACCCUAUGGGGCAUUCAAACAUCUAAUUUACCUUGCAUAUCUGAAUCUGUCCUACAACCCCAUCAGCACUGUUGAAUCGGGCAUGUUGCAGGACUUAAUACGUCUUCAAGAACUGCACCUGGUUAGUGCACAGUUACUCACCAUCGAGCCUCGUUCCUUUAAGGGGCUACAUAUCUUGCGGGUUUUAAAUGUGUCUAAUAACCUGUUGGACACUCUGGAGGAGAGUGUAUUCCAAUCCGUGAAAAACCUCCAAGUGCUCUGUAUAGACCAUAACCCACUGGCAUGUGACUGCCGGCUUGUGUGGAUCCUACAAAGGAAGAAGAUGCUGAGAUUUUCAGAAGAGCAGCCAGUUUGUGCCUCUCCAGAAAGUGUCAAAGGAAUGCGGUUUAAAGAUUUCAAUGACCUUUACCUGCCCAACUACUUCACUUGCCAAAAGCCUCAAAUACGUGACAAAGGUCCACAGCAUGUGGUGAUCAAUGAAGGUCAAAUGGCCCAGUUGAUAUGCCGUGCUGAUGGUGACCCCCUCCCAGUUAUCUCCUGGCAGUCUCCUCACAGGAGGCUAAUCACCCUCAAGUCAAAUGGGAGGGCAACAGUGCUGGGAGACGGCACACUGGAACUUAAGUUCACCCAGGUUCAGGAUAGUGGAGUCUAUGUGUGUAUUGCAAGUAAUGCAGCUGGGAAUGACAGCUUCUCAGCAACAUUAGUCGUGAAAGGACUUUCUGAGAAUCUGCAUGGGAACAGGAGCUCCCUGUACAUGACUGAGUUAAAUGACACCCAAUCUAAUGGAACACACGUGUUCAUGACAGUUGCACUGGACCUCAAGACUAUAUUGGUGUCCACGGCCAUGGGCUGCUUCACAUUCCUUGGCGUGGUGUUGUUCUGUUUCCUGCUUCUUUUUGUGUGGAGCCGGGGCAAAGGCAAGCACAAGAACAAUAUUGAUAUUGAAUACAUUCCUCGCAAGACUAAUGGAGCCGCAGCUGACACUGAGCAAGGAGGCACAAGGAGGUUCAACAUGAAGAUGAUAUAGAACCAACAACAAAACGCUGUCCUUUUUAAAAAUAAAUGCAAGAAACCUUUAUGCUGUCCGCUCAUUAUGGGGCCAAAUCUUCCCUUAGAGAAUGCUUCCUGGAACGUCACACAACUAGGGAGCUGGUAGCCUCUGAUGUACAAAAAAAAAGUGGUUUGUCAUGGCAAGUGGGGAUUUGGGGUUGCUUUUCUGGUGCCCGUGCCUUGAAUUGAAAUGAAGGAAGUACCGGUGAACACUGGAAUUCUUUCACUAACCUGGUUUAAAUGACAGCCCAUGUUGCACAUCUCUAAUAACUAACCUUACUGGUAAACUGCUUGGUCAAGUGAAUGACAAAAUCAUUUGACAUUUUGUGUAAAACCUUAUCAAUCCAGAGGAAAUGGAAGGUGGAGAUCUUCAGUAAAGCUUCAGUGGAUUUCCCCAUGGACAAACUAUUGUUGACGAACCCCCAUAUCAGUGUGGAUUGUAUUGCAAAACACUGAGGGGAUUGUCGGAGGGGUUGG